ACUUGUUUACUUUUUUAUUUUGCUCACGGAUAUGAGUUAUAAAACAGGCAUUGAAAGUACAAACAUCUAAUUCUUUUAGGGGAUUUUCGCUUUGGCGAUUUACGUACGGGGAUGCCAAACAGGAAAUAAAAGCACUGUUGUCUCUAAGGAACCGGCCAUUUGAUACAUCAGAAACAUUCAAAGAGAAGUCUCCCUUUUGUCAACUAAAUGGCUUAUCGGAGGAGGACAUACAGAGCAUCAUGUCAAGAACAGUUUGUGCCAAGUCUGCCUUUGAACUGUGGGGUCAUGGAAAAUCAACGGCAGAGCUGAAGGCAUCAUUGUUACGGUAUCCAGUAGAGAACAUGGCUCCAUAUUUACAACAUAAUUCAACAUAUAAGAUUAAUGUCUACACAUUCAACAAGACCUUAGUGUUUGAGGACCGAAUCAAGAAGAUUGAUGCUCUAGACUUCCUGCCUUUUGAAGGGAAAGUCAAUUUAAAGGAUCCAGAUCACAUAUUUUGUUUGCUGGAGGAUUAUGGCUCUGAUCCAAAUGAGAUUCCAGAGGAGCCUUUCCAUAUAUAUUUCGGGAGAUGGAUUGCAGAUGGUCAGAGAGAACUAAUCCGUUCCUACAGUGUUAAGAAGAGACAUUUCAUUGGGAACACUAGUAUGGAUGCAGGUCUCUCUUUCAUCAUGGCCAAUCAUGCCAAAGUAAAGGCUAAUGACUUGGUUUAUGAUCCUUUUGUUGGGACAGGUAGUCUUCUGGUAGCUUGUUCGCGCUUUGGAGCUUAUGUAUGUGGGACAGACAUCGAUUAUAACACUAUCCAUGGAAUAGGAAAGGCCAGCAGGAAGGAUCAGAAAUGGAGAGGCCCAGAUGAGAAUAUCCGUGCAAACCUGCGGCAAUAUGGGACGGAGAGUCUGUAUUUGGACGUCAUGGUUUCCGACGCUUCCAAGCAUGUGUGGAGAAAAGGCGCUAAGUUUGAUGCCAUCGUUACAGACCCUCCAUAUGGUAUUCGUGAGUCCACAAGGAGAACGGGAUCCCAUAAAGACAUCACCAAACCUCUUGAGGACUUCUCUGGAGAGAGCCAUGUCCCUGUUUCAAUGGCAUAUCACUUGAGUGACAUCUUUGCUGACCUCUUGAAUUUUGCGGCACACCACUUGGUGUUGGGUGGGCGUCUUGUCUACUGGCUUCCAGUUUACAGACCAGAGUACUGUGAGGAGAUGGUGCCUCUUCAUCCUUGUCUCACUCUGAUAAGCAACUGUGAACAAACUCUUUCCAGCCAUACUUCACGAAGACUUAUCACCAUGGAGAAAACCAAGGAGCCUGAGGAAUCAGACAGACUAAUGCACCUUGCAGACCCUCGCUUCACCCCAUACCAGGGUCACAACUCAUUCAGAGAGAAAUACUUCAGUGGCCUCACCAAGAAGAACGCAAAGGAGAAUGCCAAAACCACCUCAGGGGAGUAACGCACGAAAAGAUAAAACAUUUUAAGUCAAAUUUUUAUUUAUUUGUUUUUAAACUUUCUUUUUUUUUUUUUACCAGUGUUGUAUCACAUGUAAAUAUGUUGUUUAGCUACAAAAUGUGAUUUCAAUAAUAAAAAAAACUCAACUUUA